GGAACCAGCAACCGAAAAUACAACGUGCAACAGCAUUGAAAAGGCGGAGAUCUUGAUGCGCAACAGGAAACGCAGCACAUGUCACGUCGGGCACCAGCUUCAGAAAGGCGGAGACCACGGCGCGCAAAACCCAGUGGGCACCAACAGCGGAACGGCGAAGACUCUGGCGCGCAGGACACAACUUGGCACAAAGGCAUUGAUAGGAAAAAUUUUAUAUUACUCCAGGAACUACAGCGACUGGACACGCGUGGUAACCACCACCAAUGCAGAGCGGGCAGAAAAACUGCCACGAGUGAGCAGGAAUACCAUCGUGGCAACGAGACUGUACCAUCGUGGCAAAGCGACCGCCUCACCCAACACGGAAGGGUCCCCCGUCUUGAUUCCCGGCACGCGUGGUACUCACCACCCACGCAGAGUGGGCAGGAAAACUGCCACGACUGAGCAGGAAAACCAUCGUGGCAACGCGACCGCCUCGCCCAACACGGAAGGGUCCCCCGUCUUGAUUCCCGGGUACCAGACUCCGAGGAUUCGAAGCAAAAUUCGCGCAGAGUUCGUUCUACGUCGCACGACGGGUUUUCAGAUAGCCAGGCUGAGAAGGCAAACGACUGCGGCAACGCCAAUGUCGCGCCCAACACGACAGGAGGUCCAUUGCAUAUUACAAGGUGGGGGUCGUGGCGCAAUCUCGCAACAAGCAGUCAGCGCUACAAGAGACAAAAGACAGUCACCCGGGCACUAUGUUCUGCUGGCGCAACUCGCACUAAACUCUGUGCAAGUCGAAACACAGACGGCCGUGCUCGAUACGAUGGUGGUCGUGUUCGACAUGACGAUGGCUGUGUUCGACAUGACGUCGGUCACGACGACGACCGUGCACGACAACGAUCCGGACACGACAACGAGCGUGUUCGACACGACGACGGCCGUGUUCGACACGAUGGCGAUCGUGUUCGACCCGACGACAAUCGUGUUUGACACGACAACCAGCGUGUUCGACACGACAAGGAUCGUGUUCGACACGACGAUGACCGUGUCGGACACGACGAGGAUCGGGUUUGACACGACGCCCAGUGUGCUCGACACGACAACGAUCGUGUUCAACACAACGACCAACGUGUCGGACACGACAACGAUCGUGUUCAACACGAUGACUAUCGUGUACGACGAUCGUGUUUGACACGACGACCAGUGUGUUCGACACGACAACGAUCGUGUUCAACACG